AUGAUGACUCAACAAGCGCAGCCUGAAAAUGGAGGCGAAGGUUGGGCAGACAACCUCAACAUGACCUUGAUGUGCAAGGAUUGUAAGGAGUACCCUCCUAAUCUCGUGGAGGAGUUCUCUUCAGGAGACAUGGUCUGCGCAUCUUGCGGCCUCGUCCUCGGAGAGCGCGUGGUGGAUAGUCGAUCCGAGUGGCGUACAUUCGCGAACGAUGAUCAAGGCAACGACGAUCCAUCUCGUGUAGGUGAUGGUCCUAACGUUCUUCUCAACGGUUCUCAACUCCAAACCACCAUUGCUUAUGGCGAUGGUAACGCCCGAAGCAGAGAUCUACUCCGUGCCCAAGGUAAAACCGGCAACGACAAAUCCACCAAGAGUCUUCUUGCCGCUUACAAAGAAAUCGGUGCCCAUUGUGAUGCUGUCAAUAUUCCCAAGAAUGUCUCUGAUACUGCAAAGUACUUGUUCAAGCAAGUCGACGAUGGCAAAGCCUUCAAGGGCAAGUCGCAAGAUGCUAUCAUCGCCGGAUGUAUCUUUAUCGCAUGCCGCCAGUGCAAUGUCCCACGAACUUUCCGAGAAAUCUUCGCCCUGACGAAGGUCUCAAAGAAGGAUAUUGGUCGGGUUUUCAAGUCGCUCGAGGCAUUUUUUGGCAAGCAAAACAAUGCGAAGCAGAAUGCGGUAAACGGGCCCCCCAAAGAAGAAUACAAGAAUACACAGUCUACCAAUGCGGUCGAUCUGUGCCUUCGUUACUGCAGUCAACUUGGGCUCAAGUCUCAACAAUUCGUCAAGGUCUCAUCUGGACUUGCCGAGAAAACGCCUACUGUCGCUGAGCUUGCAGGACGCUCGCCUCUGUCAGUCGCGGCAGCUUGCAUCUACAUGGCCUCUCAUCUACUUGGCAAACCAAAAACACCGAAAGAAAUCUCGGUCGUUGCCGGUGUCAGCGAUGGAACCAUCCGUACCGCCUACAAACAUCUCUACAAUGAGAAAGAGAGGUUAAUUGAUCCUGAUUGGAUUAAGGAUGGCAAAGGGAAUAUUAACAAUCUUCCUCCCGUUUGA